AAAUACGAUAAAUAAAGAUAAAAUUUUUAAAUCUUUUAUAAAAUAAAACACAAAUAUAUGAAAAUGUGACAUUUACUAAAUAUUUGUCAAUUGAAAAAAAAACAAAAAUAAAUCCGCGCUUUGAAAGCACGGGUCAAAAUCUAGUUUCCAUAUUAUACCUCUUUGCCCAAAAAAAACUUUGGAUUCAAUAUAUUUAUAUUUUACAAACAUCAAUAGUGAGUUGGCAAUGAAAUGAUUUUGUUGACAUUAUUUAUUGGAAAUUUAAUAUGAAAUGACAUUGCAAUGAUCAUUGGAUGGAUUUCUCUUGUCCUGCACUGGUUGGUGGAUGAUGGGAUACUACAGUGCCAACAAUUUUUUUCAAAGAAAGAUCACAUAAUUUUUGGACUGAUCGUUGAUAAUGAUUUUCAUGGAGCAUUCUCAAAUGUACCUUUUUAAUUCGAUAUUGCAAAAAAAAAUAACUAUCAAAAGUUCCUAAAAUAUAAUUUUAAAAGGAGUUCUUAGAACGUAUAGUUAGGCCAUGUUCGUUUCUUCAGUCAACUGAAUCAUUUGGCUGAAGCUGAGCGCGUUGUUCGUUUGGACACAAAAAACAUCACUCAUUCGAAUGGAUCAGUUGAAUGAUUUUCGAAAAUUAGGUUGGAUGGAGAUGAUUCAGUUGAAUGAACCGAAACGAAGCAGUUAGAUGAAGAUGAUUCAGUCGAAAUAUCCAAAUGUCUAUUUUGCCCUUGAAAAAACUCAAAUAUUACAAACCUAAUUUCAUUUUUUUUUCCGUCGUAGCUUUCUCUCUAGCCACCAUGAAAGGAGCUUGAAGCUCUCUCUCUCUCUCUCUCUCUCUCUCUCUCUCUCUCUCUCGCCGUCUCUCUCUCUCGUCCUCUCUCUCUAGCCACCAUGAAAGGAGCUUGAAGCUCUCACCUCACCGUCGCUCUCUCUCUCUCUCUCUCGCCAUCUCUCUCUCUCUCUCUCUCUCUCUCUCUCUCUCUCUCUCUCUCUCUCUCUCUCUCUCUCUCUCUCUCUCUCUCGUCCUCUCUCUCUCGCCGUCUCUCUCGCCGUCUCUCUCGCCGUCUCUCUCGUCGUCUCGUCAUCUCUCUCACCGGUUUGAUCUUCUUCUUCAUAGAUCUAUGCUUAUGUUUGAAUUCGUUUAUGGGUUUGCUUCUGUUUAUGUUAUGUAUUGAUUUCCCAUUUGAAUUUGUCAUGGGUUUAUGCUUGAGAAUGUGUUGAAAUACUGAUGGGUUUGCUUGGUUUGAUUACAUAAGUAUGCUUCAAGUUUCUUGUUAGCUUAGCUUAUCUCACUAGUAGCUUGUGAAAUCUCAUAGCUUGUGAAUUAUUUUAUGGUAUGUUCUGUGAUCUAUGAUCUGUGAAUGGUAUAUGUUCUGCUUGUAUUCAUAAAGUAACAUUGUGUUUUAUGCUUUAAUGAACUUGGUGGUUUGCUGGAUAUUGAUGGGUUUGCUGUGAGGAGUGUUCGUUAGGAUUUAUAAACAUAUAUUUAGCUCUUGUUUCAUAGGAUUUAUAAACAUAUCUUUAGCUCUCAUUUGGUAAUGUGUUUUUGAUAAACAUAUCUUUACGUAUGUGUCUUAGAAUGUUGUGUGCCUUAUGGGUCUCUUGAGUUCAAUUCUUAGUUCAUAUUAUGUGUGUUUUUAAAUCACAGCAUCUCUUGUGUGUUUAUGUGCUCAAGAAACAUUGACACUGACGAGGAAACUCUUUAUAUGGCAGGUUGUUACUUGCAGUUUACUUGGAUUGCAAUGACAUCUGUCCCUGGUACUGAUAUGGAACUCAUAUUGCUGUCCGUCCACCAUCUGGGAAUAGUGAGCCAUUUAGAGGUAGAAAAGGUGAACCAACCAUGAAUGUGCUGGCUAUUUGUAAUUUUGACAUGAGGUUCAUCUACGCUUAUGUUGGAGUUCCCGGGAGAGCACAUGACACGAAGGUGCUAACAUACUGUGCUACUGAAGAAGCUUCUUUUCCUCACCCACCAGCUGGAAAAUACUACUUGGUCGACUCAGGUUACCCAACCAGAACUGGUUACUUAGGUCCUCAUCGCAAGACUAGAUACCAUAUAGAUCAGUUCAACAGAGGAGGUCCACCAUCAAACACUAGGGAAUUGUUCAACCGCAAGCACUCCGGUUUAAGAUCAAUGAUUGAGAGGACUUUUGGUGUUUGGAAAGCCAAGUGGAGAGUUUUAGACAGAAAACAUCCCAAGUAUGAGUUGAAGAAAUGGAUAAAGAUUGUGACAGCAACCAUGGCCCUCCACAACUUUAUUCGAGAUUCACAACAUGGAGAUACUGAUUUUUCUUAUUGGGAAGGAGUGGAAUCAUAUGAACAGCAUGGUGAUGAUCAAGAAGAGCAUGUGGGAUACAUUCCGCAGGGUGAUAGACUGAUGGAGAGUGUGCGUCACUGUAUUACUAUGGAGAUGGCAAGAGGAACUAGACUUCCAUACUAGACAUGUUUUAAAUUUCAGUUUUAUAAACAUUAUUGUUGGCAUUUGAAUAUCUACUUUAUUUGAAUAUCUACUUUGAACUGUUUGAAAGUUUAUUAAAAUUUGAAUAUCUAUUUAGAGUUGUUUGAAAGUUUAUUAAAAAAUUAUUAAAAUUUGAGUCUAUUUUAUAAAUAAAGUUAUAUGAAAUUUAUAUGAAAUAAAAAUUUAUAAAUGUCAAAAUGCUAAUUUUAAAAUAAUUUUAGAGUAAAUAUAUUUUAGAAUGAAUAAUAAAAUUUUCUGUAGUUAAAAUUGAUAUCAAAUAUAUGAUUAAAUCAAAACAUGGGUAUAUAUGUAAUUUGGUUAUUAAACUCAUUUGAAUGAUUCAUCUAAAUGGAGAAACAAACAUAAAAUUUAUUCAAAUGGUUCAUUCAAAUGACUCAUCCAAAUGGAGAAACAAACAUGACCAAAAAUUUGAAUGGAUCAUUUAGAUGGAGCACAUAAAUGGAUCAGCUGAAUGGAUUCAUCUAAAUGAAGAAACAAACAGGGCCUUACUAUUUCAACUG